CAGAAUGGAAUUGCUGAUCCUUCUAUGUGCUCUUCUGGCCAUUGCUGGAACGGAGGAAAUCAAAUGCGAUGCAGACAACAAGUGUCCGCAAAAGUACGUGUGCUAUGAAGGAACAUGUGCUUAUCGAUGCCCUAUAUAUGAGCCAGAAAAUAUUCCCGCCGGGUGCGAAGUGAGAAUGUACACGGACAGAAAAGGAUGCGAACGUCCAAAAAUCAUUUGCUGAUAAAUAAAAUUCUUACCCUUGUGAAUAUGUACGACAACAAAAUUUUGUAAAUUGACAGGCGAAAUGACGUAUAAAGACAAUA